AUGCCUAUUCAAAUCGAUUCCAAUCUCGGUGUAACAGCUGCGCAAAUAACGUUCGGAAAACAAAUAACGAUUCGCAAUAUUUAUCUUCCCGACAGUCAAGACAUCACCACCAGCGGAGACUCGACGAAUAUAAUUAUGAAACGAUUACCGUCGAAUUUCGUAUCGCUGUACAAAGAGACCGCCAUGGCGCGAGCACGUCGCCGUGCCGAAUAUUGUUCCGAUAUUUUGCCGAAACUCCCCGAAAUCGAUCUACAGUAA